GACCUCAAGAUGCGCCUUCUAGUAAAGUGGCAAGCAUCAAUAGUACUGGCAAAGGCAAGGCGUGUUCCAGUAUAGUACACGAAGCUGGUAAGCGGGCGCACAAGGGCCGUCGAUGCCAAACAAUGCGAAAGCAAGCGCUGCAGCCAGUGGCUUCAGGUCACGCAGCUGGUUGGGACGGAUAUUUUCGCGGCCAGGGAGGAAAGCACGGCGGGUACGGCGAAG